AUGUUUCCACUCUAUUUUCAUUACGAAGAUGUAUCACGUCAGGAUCCGUUGCUCAAACCGAAUUCACCCAACGUUAUGGAAGUUCCUGGAUUGUGUGAAAGUAAGGAGUAGUACACAAAGGCACCUAGUGAUUUCAUAAUCAAAAAAUGGAAAAAUUGGCUAUGGAGGAUUCCGUGCGGUCAGAAAUUAAUAGAGACACAAAGGGGUUCGACAGGAAAGUCGUUUCGAUCCAAUCCAUUCGUGGGGUCAAAUAAAGACAAAAAAGGAUAUGUCAGUGACCUAGCACGACCAAAAGGCACUCUCCGAGGGCAUGGAAUGUCUAAUUUCGGUUUCAGAAUCUCGACAGUAAUGUCUCUCUUAGAAUUCUCCGGUCGAAUACGGGAAAACUCCAUUCAAUUCUCGAUGGAAAACGGAGUUUGCGGAAUUCUCCCCAGAACUGGAGAUCAUUUUCGCGAUCUCGAACAUAUUCUAGGUUUCAAUGUGACUAUUGCACUUCGGGCCAACACCCAAGAUGAGGACUUUAAAACCACGUGA